AUGUCAUUUUUUCCUAUAACACGUUAUCGAAUCUUCAAUGAGCCUUUUGAUCGAUGCUUUGAUGAUCAAGUACAAUUUUUGGAUCCAUGGCGUGAUUUUGAUACAUUUCCAACGGCUUUAUCAAGUACACCAAGUUCAUUUCGAUGGAUCAAUGAACCACGUCAUAUAACACGUUCAUCAUCAUCAUCAUCGUCAUCAUAUCAUUCAAAAUCAACUAGUACCAAUAGUGGUAGUACACUUACCAGUAGUAAUACUGGUAGUACACUUAUUCCUGUUACAAGUUCAAUAAUACCAGCACUUUCAGAAAAAUUUCGUGUUCAACUUGAUGUUGCUGGAUUUAAACCGGAAACUAUUAGAACAAGAGUUGAAGGUCGAAAAGUAAUUGUCGAAGCUAAACAAGAAGACCGUAUUGGUUUUAAUGAUUAUAAUAUUCGUGAAAUUCGUAAAACAUAUGAUCUUCCUGAAUAUGCUGAUUCAUUCAAUUUGGCUUCGUAUGUUACACCAAGUAAUAUGCUUGUUGUUGAAGUACCUGUCAAUAAUCCACGUAUUGAACGUCGUCUAUCACAAGGACAAUCAGAAGCUAAUGCUCUUGUUCAAUUUGGUCAAUUUCGUGAUCCUAUUUUUGAUUAUCAUGGUUUUGUUGCAUCAUCUGAUUUUCAUCCACGUAUUGUUGAUACGUAUAAUAGUGGACAAAAACAAUUAAAAAUGAAUCUAGCAGUUAAAAAUUAUCGACCUGAACAAAUUAAAGUUUCAGUUAAAAAUGAUGAACUUAUUGUACAAGCUGAACAUAUUUAUAGUGAUAGUAAUCGUUCUGAACGAUCAUUUUUAACAAAAUCUAUUACACUACCACCAGGUACACAAAUUGAACAACUUCGAUCAUUUUUAAAUGCAGAUGGACAAUUAGAAAUUGAAGCACCAUUUAUUGAACCUAAUACACCACGCACAAUUGAACUUCAACGUCAAUUCUAA